AUGUUAAUAAUUCGGAAAUUAGUAAACCGCGAAUCCAAAACUGUAAGUUCUGAUGAUAAUAAUUUGAAUGAAACUAACAAGGAGAAAGAGGAAGACUGUGAUGAGUGUUGGCUUCGUCGGUUUUUGAAAAAAGGUGGGUGCAAGGAUGAAUUCAUAGAAGUUGAUCAUUGUGAGGACAGCAAGAAAUGUCGUGAUGCUAGAUUGAAGCUGAAUACAUGCAUGUAUGCUAACGUCAAUUACUAUGGACAGUAUCUGGCAAUGCAGAAAGCUAUGUUUACUCAGUCGUUAAAGGAUUUGGAAAAAGGGGAAGAGGCAGCGGCUGCUGCUGCAGCGAAGAAUGAAGAAGAAGAAGAGACUAAGGGAAAGUGA